AUGGCGCUCUUAGGCCGCGUUAACGUGAACACGCGUUGGUUAAGUUAUUGUUAUUGCAAAUUUUCAACCGGAGCAAUAAAAUUAAAAUCACGCGGACGCGCCACAUCGAUAUCGUCAGCGAUAUUGCAAGAUAGGAUCAAGGAAUUUCAACAAAAAGGCGUCAGAACGUCAAAAGUCAAAAGUGUAUUUGACGUUGAAAUCGCGAACAGGAGAAACCAGGCAUGUCGAAGUAUAUUGGUGCAAGUGUAUUCAAUAAAUUCGCAAAACGAACUCUACGAUUAUUGCGCUCAAUUUGGAGAGAUUCUGAGCAUGCAUCACUACCACAUAGAUAAACAACAUAAUUAUAUCUUGAUUGAGUUUAAAGAUGUAGCUUCUGCGAGCGAGGUUUUGUCAAACGCUUGCUUUGUAAAUACGAAUAUAAUAGCUCCGGUAAAGUCGCCAAUAUUGUGGUUUCGCAAAGGACAACUCACAUCUUUGCGCAAUCAAAAACCUAACGCAAAACAGAAAUUUACAAGGAACGAGUACGCGUAUAUAACCGACACGGAAAUUGCGAGCAAAUUGUAUCAAGCAAAAUCGAUAUCGGGGCAAAUAAUAGAUCUUUACGAAGCGCUGAAGUUAACCGACUUGGAAAUAAGACUGAGGUUUCACACCGCUUGUCAUUUAGAACAGUAUGUGUCCAGAUUGUUUCAAAAUAUGAGAAUUUUGCCAUUUGGCAGUUCUAUCAAUGGUUUUGGAAGAAAGAGAUGCGAUCUUGAUUUGGUUCUUCUUCGCGACGAGACUGAUGAAAGAGAUAAUUCUAAAAGAUUAGUAUUUCAUUCAAAACCUUUGAAACUUGACGAUAGGCAGGAAACGAAGGAAUUUCUGGCGAUGCUUGCGAACAGUAUGUACUAUUUUAUCCCCGGAAUUCAAAAUGUACGGAGAAUACUCGAAGCUCGCGUGCCAAUAAUUAAAUUUCAUUACGAAUACACUCAUAUUGAGUGCGAUUUAAGCGUAACAAAUAUGACCGGCAUAUACAUGUCCGAACUGUUGAACAUAUACGGGGAAAUCGAUUGGCGAGUCAGGCCGCUUGUCACGGUUAUUCGAAAAUGGGCGAAGAAUCAGAAGUUAACGUCCGACUCGCCAGGACCGUGGAUAACCAAUUUUCCUCUUUCGUUGCUAGUGUUGUUUUACUUGCAACAGAAAAAUAUAUUGCCGUCCUUGAAACAGUUGAGAUCGUACUCAACAACUGACGACAUUCGCAGCACAGAUGGGAUCAACUGCACCUUUUUGCGAGAUAUUAAAAACCUACCACCCGAAUAUAAGUACAAAUCGAAUCAGGAUUCGCUGGAGACGCUUCUUUACGGUUUCUUUGAGUAUUACGCGAGAUUCAAUUUUCAGUCGCUCGGUAUAUGCAUCCGCGAGGGCGUGCCAAUUCGGAAACCGUCGCGUUCGCCGCUUCACAUCGACAAUCCUCUCGAGACGUCGUUGAAUGUUUGCAAAAAUGUGAACGUUUCGGAGGUGAAUCGCAUUAUUGAAAAAGCGAGCGACGCGACGUACAUGUUAGCCGCUUGUGAUCAAUCUAAGAAUAACAGUUGGGGACUCAUGGCUUUGUUGAACAUGAAAAUUCAAGACAACGGUAACAUACAGAGCACGAUGGCGAAUUACAAAGAACAAGUGAGCACACAGAAACCUCAAGUCGAAGAAGUAAACGCGGAAGAAGAACCUGAAAUCGAAAAAGUGAAAAUCAUAGAAAAAUCUGAAAUCAAUGAAGCGAACACAGAGCAACCUGAAGAAGUAAACGCGGAAGAAGAACCUGAAAUCGAAAAAGUGAAAAUCAUAGAAAAGUCUGAUAUCAAUGAAGCGAACACAGAGCAACCUGAGAUCGAAGAUUACUCGGAAAGAUAUUCUCAGGAAAUUUCCGAUAAGAUCGGAGCAAGCGAAGACGAUCAAACGAAAAAGAAGGAAAUAGUAUGAUAUGAUUCUUCCCCCGAAUGAGUAACGACGACAUGUAUAUAAAUUCUUCUUCGCGGAACUACAUAUAUAUAUGUUGCAGAUUUCAGCGUGCAAACGAUUAAUACGCGUUGAUCGCCUCCGUACAAUGUGUCUUACUUUUAUCUCAUUGAUAAUUCUGGAUUAGAAAAGAGAUUUUUGUUCCCAAUUUCAUUGUUCGUCGUGUAAAUUUUUCGCACUAUUCGCGGGUAAAUAACGUGGGAUAAAAAUUUGUCGACUGGUCACGAGCAAUUUUGUCAUUUGUAUUUGAUUUGUUUUUGACAGCCGAGCACGAUAUUUGAAACGGAAACUCAAAGACGAAUCGUUUUACGAGAAUUUAUUCAUAAUUGAUUGAUUAAAUUAACAUAAUACCAUCAUUGAAUAUCGUCGAAGCUGUUGGAUAUAUAUUGACGAAUUACAAAUUGCAAACUUAGAAAAUUAUAAACAACUGCGAUCUGCGAAUAGUGUGGAAGGUUCGCAAUAAAAUGUUCAUUUUUUUUACAAGGAUAGGACCCCGCACUUUUCUCAUGGAAAUUGGGUUUUACUCAAAUAAGAUGAAAAUUUUUAGAAAAUAAUACUUGAUGCAAUACUGAUCAAAGGUUAUAUCUUUGCCACGAUCCAAUUCCAUGAGUCAUUUUUGGCCUGCAAGCGCUCGAAGUUGAAAACAGGCAACAUCAUGUAUUUCAGGUAUAAGAAGGUAUAUGUAUAUGCGUUUGUGCGUUUUUAUUCUUGCGUGGUUCCGUGUAGUUUCGUACACUUACAAAUGAAAACGCACAAACGUACCCACCCAUCCACACACACAGCAAAUAUAUACAUAUAUAUAUAUACAUAUACAUAUAUACAGAAAAAAUAUAUAUAUAUAGAAAUAUAUAUGUAUAUCUAUAAUAGAUAUAUAUAUAUAUAUAGAAAUAUAUAUGUAUAUAUAGAAUAAAAACGCACGAACGUGCUCAUCUACACACUCGCACACAGCAAAUAUAUACGUAUGUAUAUAUACACAUAUAUAUAUAUAUAUAUAUAUAUACCUUCUUGUCUAAAGUACCUGAAAUACAUGAUAUUGUCUGUUAUCAACUUUGAGCGCUUGUAGGUCAAAAAUGAACUCAUAGGAUUGAGUUGUGGUCAUCGAUAACUUUUGAUCAGCAUUGCAUCGAGUAUUAUUUCCUAAAAUUUCAGCCCGUUCGAGCGAAACCCAAUUUCCAGAAAAGAAAAGUGCGAGAUUCUUUCCACAAAUCAAUCACAAUUUGCGAAUCGGUUCUAAUUCAACGCGACGUGGCGGUCAACGUGUUUUGAUCUUUUUUUUAUAUAUAAUGAUGAUUUGGUAUUAUCUAGUGGUAUUUUAUCAGCAAGAGAAAAAUUCGACAAUUCGUCAAAAUGAAGAGAGAAAGAAGAACAGAAAAAUAAUUACAGUUGUGUGUGUGCGCAUACAUGUAUUAUACACGCAUGAUAACGAAUCAACAAAUGUACAUAAAGUUUGACAUUAGAAAACAUGUCAUACGAACUGUAAAGAUAUUACACAAUUGUUACACAAAUUGAAACUUAAUGUGUCUCUAGCAAUAUUUUGAAAAAAAAAAACUUUCCCUCUCGCGUUUCUCGUCCGCUCAUCAAUUUUUACACUUGUUGCGAUGCAA